GGCAAAUCUUAAGGCUCGGAGACAACAAGCUACUGCAGCUGGAGCCGGUAGCGAAAGCCCUGAACCUGCUCCGGGCUUCUCCCCUGCAAGCUCGACAAAGACCGCAGCCACAGAGGCUGCACUCCCAAGUAAGCAUCACCAUCAUCCCCUGGUUUAAGGCGAUUGUUGGCAUGAUUUGUGGGGAGCUCCCCAUCAGUCCGUUCCCUCCAACCUCCCUCAGCAGUCGACACUUAGCUUCUGAAUCGCAUCUCACACGCAACUACCCCCAGACCCCGCAACUGCUUCAGCCCAAGUGUCCCAGCCUCAGCCCCAGCCACUUCCCGAGGCCCCGCUGCCCACCCGCGCUGUGGAAUCGUUCGCCUGGCUCUGCGAUGUAUGCCAGCGCGAGUGCGUGCCGGUGCGCAGCGAGUCGCGCUGCCUGUGCGGCCACCGCCUGCGCGAGCACGAGCCCGCCAGCUCCGCGGCACCCUCCAGGUGCGUACGGCAUGCAGCCUGUGUGCAAGGCCGCGAACAGUGGCGCUAUGUCGCUCACGGUGGUCGCCAUCAGUGCUGGGCGGUGCGUGGGGCAGCGGGUGCAGGGUCACCUCCCAUCCCCUCACCCCUCCCUUACCCUUCCUUCACGCCUCUUCACUUCUACUAUCAAGCCCCAUCCCCAUAUCCUCUGUCCCCCUCCCCCCUCCCUAAGGUGCAAGUCCGCGAAGUGCGGGUGUCGCGGCUUCUUCUACAUCGUGGCGGAGGGGUCCUGGGUGCUGAGGUGCAGGUGCAAGCACAAGCACGUGGAGCACGACGCCGCCAGCCGCGCCUGCGCCAAGGCGGGGUGCCGCUGCGGCGCCUUCGACAGCCCCUGGGUGUGCAACUGCGACCACCCCUGGGGGCAGCACUCGCAGCGGGUGGUGACUAAGCAGGUGGUGAGCGUGCGAGACAUGAUGGGCGGCCUGUCACUGGGGGGCGAGGUAAUGGAGCUGGGCGGCGGCGGGCCCGCGCGCGAGGUAAACGACUACGAUGCGCUCAAGAGGGGCGACUUCGGACUGCAACAGCAGGUUUAGGCAAUGUGGC